AUGCAGAUCAUUAAACAAGUAGACUUCGAGCAGUCUUUCCUCCCCAUUCAGACUCCCGAAGAACAAAAAGUGUAUGAUGAAAUUUUAGUUCUAUACGAAAAACAUUUGCAGGAGUUAAAUCGUAUAAAAGACGCUGUUAGCAAAAUGUAUGAACAAGAGGAAAUUGAGAGCUUCUCUCGGAAGCAUUUCUCGAAUUCCCUCCGAAAGAAAAACGGGAUUUUUGCUUUCACACACACGUAUAUCGCUUUGUUGUUAACGACGAAUUUAAAUAAUAUACGCGUCAGCUUGGAAGAGAUAGUGAAUCGAACGCGUAACAACCUACAAAAGCUGCAGAAGAAAUAUGACGAAAAACUGAUCUACUUACGAAACCAGCUGUACAAUAAGAAUAAAGAGCAUCUCGUGGUAACAAGACAGGCUAGGCGGAACUCGGACGAAAUCGCUGAACUACAACAAAGCAUGAAACAAUUGAAAAACAACAUAGAAAAUCAUAACGACGUGAUACUGUGUCGUCUCAGUGAAGAGUUCGAAUAUUGGAAUGAUAAGCUUAAAGAGUUAAAUCGAAUUGCCACGACUAUAAUGAAAUUAAAAGACGUGGAGCAGAAACUUAUAGAACAGCAACAAAUGGAGCUUGAAUUGAAGGAUAAACCAAUAUCUGAAGGAAAAGUAAAGUGCUUGGUGUGUUUAGGAGCAUUUAAAUCAAAACUGGAAUACGUCAAGGAAAAGAAAACAGAGGCGGCUAGGACGUUGAUUAGUUUUUUUAGUGUUAGAGGUCCCGACCGCAUUUUCUACACAGACGGUGUUGGCCGCUACUACGUGGAUGAAUAUGGCCACCAGGUCUACUUCUAUGACUAUGGGCUUAAGAUGUACCACGUGAACUGUGACGGCGAGUUUGUCGAGGCUCAAGACACGGAGGCGUAUUACUACGACACAAACGGUCGUUAUGUGGUAAACGAGGAAGGUGAGAAAAUUUACAAGAUCGCCCCAUGCACCAGCUCUUACAAGCUGGUUAACGACCUGCUGGUGAAGAGCACGAACGAUUGUGGGCACUCCGAGCAGCCGAAUAAGAACUGCAGGAUGAAUAUAAAAGACCAUUCAGAUGUUGAGGUGUUGCCUAGUGGAGGUGGAACCGGAAAACUUGAUAUUAAGGGUGCACUUGACGAAAACACGGCGCUGUAUUUAUGGGAUAGUUUUGGCCAUGUUCUGCCCGAAGUAUUGUAUCAAGUGGCGAGCGAGCAACCCAAGAAUCCCAUACACUUUCUCGCUCAUAAAUUGGCCCGUUACAAAUGCAAUAAAACUUUAAAAGAAAUGCAGCAGAGAAGAGAAGAUGCGGAAAAGUAUCGCGCAGAUGUAUAUCGCGAACGCGAAAAUGAAGCAAUAGCUGCCAGCAAAGCAUGGAAAGCAAAGCAACCAAAACGUUCAAAGCCCGAAGAUUCCGGCGAAGGAGAUGCUCUGGCUUUGUACGGCGAACAUAUCGCCAGACAGGAGUUUAUUCGUUCCUUGGCUUUUUUCUAUACAUGA